AUGGAGCGGCCGAUCCAUAGGGUGCGGGGCUGCCGCCGCCCGCAGGAGCCGCCGCCGCCUAUUGUUCAUGCGGCUCCGCAGAGCUGGGGGGACCCCCCUCCCCCGACGGCGGCCGCAGCCCUGCGGACCCGAAGGGGCGGGGCCGCCCGGCGCCGGGCCCACCCCCCCCACGCCAACCCGCCCUCCCAUUGGCCGCUGCCGGCCGUCCGCAGGUUCCUAUCUCCGCGGCGGGGGCUGCCCCGCCAGCCACCGACCCGCCCCUCUCCACCCCCUGCGCCUACGUGUCUCGCCCCCGGGCCCCGCCCCCUCCUGCGGGCUCUCCCUCUCAACCCCAGGUCGACCCAUUUCCCUCUCCCAUUGGCCCGCGGCAGCUGCAACCAUUGGUCGGUGGUACCUGUCCAUUUCCUGCGAGAGUUCAGCACCUCCUGGCAGGAGGAGGCUGCGGCCCCAUUGGAUGCGCGCCCGAGAAGGGAUGGGUGGAUCCUCGAAGCGUUGGCUGCCCAUGGCCAAGAGGAGCAGGCGGUCCUCCCGAUGACGUGCCCUCGGGAGGUCAGCGCGAGUCUCAUUCUCCGCCGCAGCGUCGACAUCGUCCGGCGCAGCCUGUCUCCCCGCAGAGGCCGUCGCGGCAGAAGGGCGAGUUCCCUUAAAUCACGAAUUUUGAAAAAGAAAGUGAGCUAUGAGAGUGGUGCUCUGUGCUGGACUGCUUGUGCCCAGGGGGCAGAGUCGCAACAGACCUCUUGAGCAAGCAAGGGGAGAUCUCGAAGAUCUCACUACUCCGCCCCGUGGCCGCCUGCUCACUGACCUGGGUGAGCCAGGGGCAGAAUGACCACUUUGCGCAAUUCAGGUGUUUCUGGUGUGGGGUGAGGAUUUGGCUAGGUGUGACUGUUCUGCUCCUAAUUUAAGCCACCGGUUAUAAAUAUAGGUCUCGGUGCCUAUUAAUAACCCACAGUCAGCACACUUGUCUCCUGUUACUCCCACUACUGCAGCCGUGACCCCCUCUCUCCCCUGCCUCUCCCCGCAGCUCUGCAUGCACAGGUGGAACCAUCCGUGCACCUCGUGGGCAGUGGCUGGGCCUGCAUGGGCCCUCGGGUUUGUCUUCCUUCCUCUCUCCCAGGGCCAAGACAGUAAGUCACUAAUAGGGCUAGGUGAGAAGGAAAGGAAAGAAGAUAAUAGCUAUUUAUUUUGAUAACCUUGAAACCGUUAAAAUUAUACCCUUGGGCUCCUUCCUGUCCUUGGCUACAAAAAUAGUGGUCCUGGUUUUCAGGGCUCCCCAGGUCUGUGGUUUGGAUAAGGAGCAUUCUGCUGGGUAGGAGGGUUCCGUGCACUGAAUCCACUGACAGCCCAGGAAGUUUCUCUUUUUGUCCGUGAAGUCUCCGGUACCCACCUUCUCUCUUUGCUCCCUCCUGUCCGCUUCUCUCCUUUUCAUAACCUGUGGCCAAGAAAGGACUUGAAAUAUUACAUGGAAAUAAGGAAUACCGCAAGUAUUACCUGAAAUGGAGAUUUGAAGCUUAAAAGGAACCAAAGAAGAAAAGAAGCCUGUUCGUAGAGGAGACCAAGAACCCUAGGAGAAACUGUCCUGGCUUCUAUAUCCCUGAUUAGCAGCAGGAGCCUCUCUUUGCUCACAGCUGCCUUUUCCAUGCCACUGGGCUCACAGUGCAAGAGGACAGCACCAGAUUGUUUCUCAAGAUCUCUCCUGGUGCGGAAGAAAUGAAGCUGGACAGAGGAACGGAGGCCACCAGCAAGCUGGGAAGCAGGAAUCAAGAUUGGUGUUUCCAAGAGCCUUCUUGGUUGGUACCCCAAGUGCAGACUGCCUAGUGUGGCCCAUGCAGCAUCAGUGUGGGACCCCAACAGCGUCUGAUGGUGGUAAUGUCACCCUCGGGGCCCUUUGGUAAUUCUGUCCCUUCAUAACCAUCCUGCCAUAAUUGCACUGUUUCUUGUGGACAGUCACUACCUCUGCCUAGUGAAUUCCUUUCACACCUGGCUCCAAAGCUUCCCGCGCUGGAACCCUUUCCUGGGUAUCCUAAAGACACACAGGACACGUCCUCUCAGGGUCACGUGGGACUGAUCCACGCUCAGAGCCCCCAGCACUUGGCACGGCCAUGUGUUCCCAUCCUGGACCAUCAGACCUUUGAGGGAGAAGAUUGGCCUCUUUACCUUUGUGGGGCACAAUUUCGGUAUGUCCUCCUGGCAUGGAGAGAGAUAAUAGCAUGAUAUAAUGAUAUAAUGAUCUCCCAUCCCCUACAUCUUCUCAUUGAGCUGUCACACAGCCCAGGGAGGAUGGACUCAAAGAGGUGAAGUGACUGAUCAUUUGGUAAGUGGCAGACCUGGAAGAUCUAGCCUAGGACAGAGACCACAAAACCCUUGUCGGUGUCCCUGGCUGCUUCCUGUCAUGUAGUAGAAAACUUGCCCCAGCAGUGGUGUCCCCCUCAGCUUUUCCUUUCUCUCCCAUCAAGUUCAAGUGUCCGACAGCUAUGGGAGCUGAGUCAAGUCCCAAGGAAAUGAAAGUGUUAAUCACCUGCCUCCUUUGUUUGCUUGUCCGCUGCCUCUGGCAAAGACCCUUUCUGGAGAGCUGAGACGGUUCUGGAGGAAUCUAACGUCAGGGCUCGCGCCCUCUGCCUUAAAGAAUGAUCUGCCUGAGCCGAGGCAGAGCCUCUCUCGCUCAACUGGCAACCUGGGCUAAGCCACUGCACAACUUGGGGCCCUUGUGGGCUGGUCUGUUUUAUAAUACUGUGCACCUCGGGUUUCUUGCCUGUAAAAACGGGAAAAUUCCACGAAUGAGCGUCAGUUAGAUGCUGCCAGGUACAGAGCCCGGAGCUAGGCACCGGGGAUAGAGAAGCAGAGAUAAACAAGAUAUGGCCUCUGCUCUCAAUAAAUGUACAGUCAAGUGGGGAAGACAAGAAUUGGAAAACAGAGACCACAGUGAGAGCCAGUAGCUAUGAAAGAAAGACUAUGACCCGAUUCGCCUU